CGGAACCUUAACUGGAAUCAGUUGAGACUUGUCCCGAUUCUGUCUUAUCCAGCUCGUCGGAUCCUCGUACGGAACUUCAAUGCAAGACGAUUCCAAUCCUUCGGACGGAUCCGGUUCCCGAUCCGUGUUCCGAAAACCUGCAACAGACAAUGGUGAAUAAAGCGGGUAACACUGUAACAGCAUAUGCUAUGUAACAUUCUGGAUCUCUUCAAUUCAGUUAUGGCAAAGUGAGACAUCAUCGUCUUCGUAAGGAACAUUCUUGUCUCUUAAAUUUUUUAUUUCUAAUUUGUCGGUUAUAGCGAGCGGAAUCUUCUUCUGUGGAUCGUAAGGGAUUCCCGGUGUGAUGGCCUUGACGAACUUCAUCCUCACGGUGGCGGGUGUGGGUGCCGUUGUUCUACUCUUCAGGGGCGAUGUCAAGCACUCUGCUGCAACCUUCAGACGAAACGUUCGUCAGAUUCGCCAGUGGCUUGAAGAAGAAUCGUCUGCUUCUACUUCCAAAGAGAGAGGCUCCAAUUAUCUGCUCGUGUCCCUCUUCUGUCUCAUUUCUAGGGUUGUUAUUGCCUGGGAAAAUGCAGCUGACUAUAGUACUUCCUUCAAGCUCCCAAGCUUCCAAAUCUGGCUUAGCAAAGGUUCUACCUUUGGAAUCUAGAUGGACUCCUAAAAGCUGAAAAUACCCAUGCACAUAAAUGCUUCACCUGUCCGAAAGGAUCCCCCUCACUAUGAAGUGAUUUUUUUUUUUUUUCUUGUUGAUUUAAACCACUAUGGAGUCUCCUCAACCGAGGGCUCAACCAUCUUGAUCAGACCAUCAUGGAAACUGCUACCAUCUUCCCUUGAUCAGGCUAUCUUGCCAAAGUUAAUACUUUUAGAUUGGUUCUUUGUAACCUUACGCUGAAACACUGUGCUUAUCCUUUAUGGAAUCUGUGUGCCACACCCACCAAUUCAAGAUCUAGUACUUUUGC